AUGAAAAACACCAUUCGCACAUUAUUUGGCUUGAAGAAAAAGUCUACUAAAAACCAAAAUGUCAAUGCAUUGAACCAAGUGUAUUCACCCAGCUCAUCUGUAUCGUCAUUCUCCUCAGAUGCCUCUAGUGAUUCAUCCCAACCUCAGACGCCUACAAGCAUGUCAAUGCAAGACAACCGUGGUAUCUUUCGUACAUUAGAACCUGUUUGGUACUUCUCCUCCAAAUUAAUGCCAAAUCAACAACCUGAACAACAGCAAGAAUGGAUCAGAUUUGAUGAUCAAUCUCAAUUCAGCCUUGAAAAUGCCAUUCAAUCAAAAUCUGAAUGUAUUCUCUCUCACUCACAAUUGGGUCCCUGUACCGUCUUGUUUAAACCUCUUCCUCUCAAAUCGGCAACCCCAAAGACAAGACACAGUAUGAUGGUCAUGAGCUCCCAACAUGCCUCUAUGCCUUCACUUCGUCCCUCUCCUCCCAAUGCUGCUACUGGUAGUGGCUUGACACUAGAACUUAACAAAACUGUUCGUCGUACUAUCUCUCCUGUCUGGUGGUAUGAACAAGAUUCUGCUGAUGGCUCAAAGGGUAUGUGUAGAUUUGACUAUCGAAACCAAGUCAGAUUAGAAGCUUUAUCUGAGGGUCGCACAAGGUUGGUCUUGACCGAUGAUGCGUUCAAUGUACCAUUUACUGUCGUCUUGGAGGCUCCCAAGCAACGUGAAUUAAAGGAAGAGGUGCGUGGCUUCUUGUAUCUUGAACCUGUAUCUACUGCUUUCCAAUUAGCUUACAAUGCUACACUCAAUGGUGGUCAAAAGAUGGAACAAUUCCAGGUGGAAGAUCCAAACUACUACGAUGAAGAGGAUGUCAGUUUAUCCCGUCGUUUCUCUAUUUAA